GAGGGACCAGUGAGAGAAGUUAGAGACAGACCUGACUAAAUGACAGUCGUGAGACCGAGAGUACAGUGAGACAGCACAGUGUGAGCGAAAGUACAGUGAGACAGCACAGUGUAAGCGAGAGUACAGUGAGACAGCACAGUGUAAGCGAGAGUACACUGAGACAGCACAGUGUAAGCGAGAGUACAGUGAGACAGCACAAUGUAAGCAAGAGUACAGUGAGACAGCACAAUGUGAGCAAGAGUACAGUGAGACAGAGUACAGUGAGACAACACAGUGUGAGCAGGUGUACAGUGAGACAGAGUACAGUGCAGAGUGAGACAGCACAGUGAGACAGAUUACAGUGCAGAGUGAGAGAGUACAGUGAGACAGCACAGUGUGAGCGAGAGUACAGUGAGACAACAGAGUGGGAGCAGGAGGACAGUGAGACAGAGUGCAGCACAGUGAGACAGAGUACAGUGCAGAGUGAGACAGCACAGUGAGACAGAUUACAGUGCAGAGUGAGAGAGUACAGUGAGACAGCACAGUGUGAGCGAGAGUACAGUGAGACAACAGAGUGGGAGCAGGAGGACAGUGAGACAGAGUGCAGCACAGUGAGACAGAGUACAGUGCAGAGUGAGACAGCACUGUGAGACAGAGUACAGUGCAGAGUGAUUCAGCACAGUGAGACUGAGAGUGCAGUGCAGAGUGAGACAGCACAGUUAGAUUUAGAGUAGAGUGCAGAGUGAGACAGUUCAGGGAUACACAAACUGAUAUACGGGGGGGGUCACACAGGGUGAGCGCAGAUGGAUUAGCAGGCUAAAGAUUUUCCUGGGGAAUGUGAGAGACCAUCUGCUACUGACAAGAUCCCAUUUUACACCCUGUAUGACCUCCAAAGAAGCAGAGUCCCGUGGGGGUGUCCCUCGGGGUUGGAAUGGGGGUCUGGCCUCACCAAGUAUGGAGGAGCAUUUCUAUCCCUUUUUAAUGGAGCGGCGACACUCGUACCGGGGAGAAGAUGAGGAGGAGCAGGUUGAUGAGGAUCUGAACCUGGCACUGGAAAGAAAGGAGAAGGACCUUCUACUGGCAGCUGAACUUGGGAAGGCUUUGCUGGAGAGAAAUGACUAUCUGGAGAGGACAAGAGAGGCCCUUGAGGAGGAGUUGAGAGAGGCACAUGAGAUAAUGGAGCAGGAAAGACACAAUCUGAGGCUAAAGAUGGAGGUGCGCGAGAGUGAAUUCAGAGGGCAGAUCGCUGACCUUGAGAGUGAUCUCAAUGAGGCCAGACAACAGAUAAGGCUACUCUUGUCAGAGCACAGAGAGUGUGGGCGAGAGACAGCCACUGCUGCGCAGGAGUUAUCAGAACAGAACCAGAGACUGCUGGAGCAGCUAGCACAGGCCUCUCGUUUAGAACAGUCACUGACAGCAGAGAUGGAGUCGCUGAAAGAAGAGAAUCGUGAGCUGAUACUGAACCGAGGACAGUUUGCUCCCUGUCUGCAGAGUCUUCAGAGUGAGAAUUCUCUUCUGCUGGAGAAGAAGAGAGAGCUGGAAUCUCAGACCAGACAGCUGCGAGAAGAAUAUGAGAAUGCACAAAACAUGAUGUACAACCAAAAAGAGACUGUCCUGCAGCUGGAAAGACAUAAAAGUGGGAAUGAAACAAAGAUGCAUCAGAUGCAAUUGGAAUCUCAGGAUUUGAGAGACAGUCAGCGUAGACUGCAGGCCCAGGUGAAAGAGUUGCAGGAGGAGUUGCACAUGAGAGACAGUCACAACUCUAUGCAGCACAGUCACUUUUCCCUUCACUCAGAGAUCCGACAGAGCACAGCACACCUGGACCAAGAGAGUGCCUUAUUGCCCCCUUCCCUUCUGUCAGCCGGAUGUACCGAGGAGCUCUCUGCAGAUGCAUCUGGUCAUAACACAACAUAUCUGACUCAGAGAGAAGGAGAGUUCCUCAGAGAGAAAGAGGAAGAGAUUGGGAGAUUACAGGACCAGGUGACCCUGCAAUAUUUAGAGCUAACAUCUCUUCGUGAGGAACUUCAGCGAUUGAGAGAUUUAUCACAAGAUGGUGACUUGGACAGCGUCCUCAAACAAGCUGUGCGUGACCGUGACGAGGCCAUAAUGAAGAAAGGGGAACUUGAGCUUGAGCUGGUAAAGUGUCACCUGGAGAAGGAUUCACUGAGUCGCCAGCUACUGAGCGCUGUGCAGCAGAAAGUGUCCUUGAGCCAGGAGCUGGAAGCCUGGCAGGACGAUAUGCAGGUCAUCAUCAGUCAGCAGCUGAAGUCUCAGAAGGAGGAAAAGACAACUCCAGCUUCCCCUAUACGGAAGGACAGCACUAGACGCCCAAGGGAUGCUGGAGGUGGUAUUUUCUCUUUCUUCAAGAAGAUCUGAGAUAAAAACCCUAAGAAGAAACAACCAUAUGAGAGACCUCUAGAAACAGUCAACUAGGAUCACAGACAUUACCAGACACGUAUUGUCUAACCUCUUCACCAUGUGAAGAGCAGAAAAACUCCAUGUCCCUCCUGUGUCACCCUGUGUGGUAGGCACAGACAAUGUGCUAGAGCUCCCUCCUAUGUCACGGUCACCCUGUGUGGUAGGAAAAGACACCAUGUCCUAGAGCUCCCUCUCAUUUAUGUCAUUGUGUCACCCUGUGUAGUAGGAACGGACACCAUGUCCCAGAGCUCCCUCUCGUUUAUGUCACUGUGUCACCCUGUGUGGUAGGAACGGACACCAUGUCCCAGAGUCCCUCUCAUUUAUGUCACUGUGUCACCCUGUGUGGUAGGCACAGACAUCAUGUCCCAGAACUCCCUCUCGUUUAUGUCACUGUGUCACCCUGUGUGGUAGGAAUGGACACCAUGUCCCAGAGCUCCCUCUCGUUUAUGUCACUGUGUCACCCUGUGUGAUAGGAACGGACACCAUGUCCCAGAGCUCCCUCUCGUUUAUGUCACUGUGUCACCCUGUGUGGUAGGCACAGACACCAUGUCCCAGAGCUCCCUCUCGUUUAUGUCACUGUGUCACCCUGUGUGGUAGGAACAGACACCAUGUCCCAGAGCUCCCUCUCGUUUAUGUCAUUGUGUCACCCUGUGUGGUAGGCACAGACACCAUGUCCCAGAGCUCCCUCUCGUUUAUGUCAUUGUGUCACCCUGUGUGGUAGGCACAGACACCAUGUCCCAGAGCUCCCUCUCGUUUAUGUCACUGUGUCACCCUGUGUGGUAGGAACGGACACCAUGUCCCAGAACUCCCUCUCGUUUAUGUCAUUGUGUCACCCUGUGUGGGAGAGACAUAUCCCAUAACUCACUCCCAUCUGUGUCACCCUAGAGUUCCCUCCUCUUCCACAAAAUCCCAAGACUCUUUUAUAUAUAAAUAUAUAUAUAUAUAUAUGUGUGUAUAUACUUUUUAUUCUUAAAAUCUAGCAAAUAUUUAAUCUAUUAAAAAUCACACUACUUGUGUUAAUUUGUAUACUAAUAAAACAUCAUUUAUUCUGGA